AGAAACAUGGCCGCUUGAAGAAGAGUGUUGUAUUUUGUUUUAGAUUAGGAAAAUAUUUAAUAUGCAGCGAGAACUGCUUAAAAGCAAAUUACCACCGGGAAUACCAAAACCCAAGUGAGUAGGUCUUUUUAACUUCAUAUGGAUAGAAAAUCAAAUCCAAAAAUGAAAAUUUAUGAUUUAAUCUACACACAGUGACAGAGCUGGUUUAAAGCGAAGAAGAGAUUAUUCCCAAGUAAGCUGGGAAAACUAUUUUGAUUCUUGUCAAGAUGUAAAUAUUGGAGAAAGCAAUGUAUCCUUUAGUUUAAAUUGAAUUAUAUUUAUAAAAUGACAUAAUCUUGAACUGACUGUGCCAGCUAGUGUAGGUAGUGCCAAUAAAAUGAACAAGCUUUUGUUGGUCAUGAUAUCUGACAAACAUAGGUCCCAGAAUGUUAAUGCUUAUUUGGAUGGGUUCAGCAUGUGUUGGCUGACUUCCCAGUUUCGAUUCCAUGCACAGAAGUUUGGAAAACGCAACAAAUCCGGAUACAUGUGGAGCGGCUGUAACAGGAAUGUUUUGAAAAUGAUGGCGUAAAUCCAUGAAAUUCGUGAUUCACCCCCGCUAAUAACAUGUAACUGACUGUAUACAUAUAGAUUCCCAGCUGAUCUAUACCCUCCUUGUGAGUUGUGACUUUACAUUCCAGAAUCACAUUCAGGGCUGCCGAGAGCUUGACAGGGGCCCAGGGCAAAAUUUUUUUUAGGGGCCCCUAUUUCAAAUUUUCCUGGGGAAAAAAUUUUUUCGGACACCAACAACCUCCCACACCAAAAAUUUCCAGACAAGUACAAUGUAAUUGCUUUUCAGUGACUUCACCUCAAUUUUGCAUACAAAAUUUCGGUACUUUACUGAAAAAAACAAAUAUCUUGCCCUUUGCACGGAAAUAUUUCACCCAAAAAAAUGACUGGGGCCCAACAGAACAUUUAUAAGAGCAAGCAAUUUGUGUGGACAGAUCUAUGAAAGUUGAGCUUCUUUUAAAUGUGAUCAGGGCUGCCGAGAGGGGGGGGGGCAGAGGGGGCAUAUUGCCUCGGGCAAAUAAUAAAUAAUAAAUUGUAAUAAAUAAUUAUUAUUUAUUAUAAUUUAUUAUUUGCCCGGGGCAAUAUGCCCCCUCUGCCCCCCCCCCUCUCGGCAGCCCUGAUCACAUUUAAAAGAAGCUCAACUUUCAUAGAUCUGUCCACACAAAUUGCUUGCUCUUAUUUUCCCCCAAUUUCUCCAAAAUUCAUGAUUUUUGUUUGUAUAUGUUCGUACUAAUUAGAAAUAUUAGCCAGUUCUACAUCUUUGUUGUCAUUAGCAACAAAAAGGAAAGAAUUUUCGAGGUAGUAAUUGGCUGAUUGCCGGGUUUUGCUCGUGACUAGCAAAAGAUCACUACAGUAUAAUAAUAACACUAACAACUACAUCAUGGGCUCAUUAUAUUCGAUGGUGCAUGCUUUGUAAGUGAUUCUAGUGUGUCAGUAUUGUUUUUGUGGAUAUAUGUGGAAAGUCAAAAAUACAACAAAUCUGGAUAGUGGAUACAUGUGGACAGUUUAAGUUCAUUGUCAUAUGUAUAUUUACAACAAGGGUGGAUUUUCAUUUAUUUAAAGGGAGGGGUAGAAAAAUUUCUAGUGAGGUGCAAGUGGCACCACUCUGUGAGCUUUGGCAGGGGUUAGGCAUUUGGGUUAAAACCUUUCACACAAAAAUUAAGAUGGGUGUAGCGAAAUUUUGGUGGGUUUAUUAGAGGGGUUAGAGAGAUUCUAGGGGGGGGGGUACCCUCCCCCAAGUAAAUCCACCCAUGAUUUACAACAUAUAUUCAAAAAUAUUAAAUCUAUUUUGGCAUUGGUUUUAGUCUUUAAAAUACUUUUUUUCUAAUGUCGGUAAAGUCAAUUGGGCCAAUGAAAAAAAUACCUCCCGGCUUUCCAGUUUCCCAACCUUACCUACCUUUUAAAUGACCGACUCUGCAUGGCUGUCCUUCCAGAAUGCCUUUUUGAAUGGUCAGGGGUUUUUUAUUUUUCUGGUUAACCCAUCAACCUGCAGAGCUUCCCCCCCCCAUUGACGAGUAAAAUCGUCUAGCGUUAGACAAGUAAAAAAAAUAAGUAGGGCGCACUGGGGCGCAUUGUGGCUCAAUGGGUUAAUCAAGCAACAAAGACACAUUACGUUCAUCCAUCUAUGAUGCUGUAAUACUUUAUUUAACUAUUUCAUUGCAAUGACGUUUGAAAUUGCGGGAACCACUGUGUGUAUUUUAAUUAAAUACAAAUGAAUAUUAUUGUUUUGUAUCUAAACUGGUACAACUGAGGUUCCCAAAUCUUGGAAAGUUUGUGAAUUGACUGUUUAUUGACUUGAACAUUGAACAGUUUGUAUCUUUUGUGCAACAUGGUCGUUCUCGCUCUCAAAAUCCAUCCCGUGUUUCGAAACCUUUUCAGGCUUCGUUUUUCAACCGAGUAGUUAAGCCUUUUUCUUUUUUUGUUACUGCUGUAGACUAGUCCUUCUUUUAUUUAGGGGUUGUGCCUUGCAUGGGUCUCGUUUUCCCGUUUGCAUAUGGCACUAACCCCAUUGGACGUUCACCUUGUAAUCUAGAAUUUCUAUGUCCAAUAAAGCUUAUAAAAUAAAAAAAUAAAACAAGCCCUCGUAGCAGUUCAAGUAUGAAAUUUAUACGCCAAACGUCAACUUCAAACACCAAAUCUUAAUUUACUGCUUUGUUGAAUACAUGACUAGUGCUUAAUUUGCUUUUUUAAAUCAUUGCUAAAUAUCACAAGUUUAAUAAUUGUUUAAUAUAUUUCAAAACUGGUGUAAACACUAUUAUAAUAGAGUUGUAAAAUCAAAAACUUCGCUAGCGGUUUGACGUUUGCCGUAAACGUCAAUCUUAAGGUGUCUAUAGUAGCUGACAGGACUUAACCCAAAUUCACGAAGAGAAUCGUACGUCAAACAAAGGCAUUGGAUUAAUUAUUUUAUAUAGCUGUUGAAAUGUUUGGUUGUUAUAUAUAGUAGAUAAUGUGUUUCUUUAACAACCAAGUAGAUAUUCCGAGUUUAUAAAUCUGGAUCAAGUGGUCCGGUUCUCUUAUUAUUACAUGGUGGUGGAUUUUCUGCAUUGACAUGGUCACUUUUUACAGUAAGUAUAUUGAAGAUAGAUUGUUGGAUGACAACCAAACCCUACUUUUUAUAAUUAACCUUUUAAAUCUGGGUGUUAGUGUUGACAGUAGUGCUUAAAAGUUCUUUAAUGUUCUUAACUUGUUUUUGUCUUAGGAUAUAGGAAACGUAAUUGACAUAUAUUUAUUCAGCGCAAUUCCAAUUAGUACUUUAAUGCCCAUCUUACAUACAGCACCGAGAAAACCACAGCUUCAGCAUGAAUUACAAGAAUACCAUUCGGUAACGGGGUAGGUAUUUUUCAAGUUAAGCUCUUCGAGUUAAGCCCUUUUCGAGUUAAGCCCCUGCCACGCCCUUUUCUGCCGGGGAUUAACUCGAAGUCAAUUAACAAUUUAAGCAUUCUAGUCUAGCCCCGACAUUUGGUGGAUGUAAGCUCAAAAAGGAAUAAAAUAAAUUCUGAAAUUACACUGAAAUACUUCGCCUCCUUCUACUUUUAAAUAUGAAAUUUCCUUGCCGGAGCCGGAGUUUUGACAGCCGGAGCUAAAAUAACCGGAGUUUGCACAGCUCUAUUGUGAUGUCUAAAUGGAAUCAAAUCAUUUUUAACGCAUCAGCACCUUUCUCAACUAAUCCAAAAGUUUUCUGGACUUACCAUAAAGCCAUGUUACAUCAUCGGUCGAAACAGAACACCAAGAUCACGUAUACAAUGGCGUUACGGCAAAAUCCCCAGAUAAGAAAGCUGAGCUUCUUAAUCUAUACUUUACCCCGGUGUUUACAAAACCCAAUGUUGAUAUCAAUGAGGAUGAAGACUGAUGAAUAUGAAGAAAUCACAAAUGUGACGAACAUUGGUGAAUUGCAAAUGAGUGUGCAGGAAGUUAAAUUCUCAUUAGAAAUUUAGAUGUGACAAAAGCCUGUGGCCCGGACGGAAUACCAACACGAAUUCUUAAAGAAUGUAGUCGUAGUAUUGCACCAAAUCUUUGUGAAUUGUUUGAUUUAUCUUUACGUGUUGGACGACUGCCCGUUGAGUGGAAAGCAGCUAACUUGACACCAGUUCACAAGAAAGGCUUGAAAGAACCCACAGAAAAUUACCGGCCAAUAUCUCUUUUGCCCAUUAUCGCUAAAGUACUGGAACGUUUUGUAUGCAAGCAACUUUACGGACAUGUAAUUACCUAUAUUUCCCUCAGUCAACACGGAUUCCUGCGUAACCGAUCAUGUAUAACACAAAUGCUACAGGUUCUUCACAAGGUUGGAGAAAAUCUUGAUAAGAACCUACAAACUGACAUAAUUUAUUUAGAUUUCGCAAAAGCCUUUGACUCUGUUGACCAUGGUAUAAUUUUGGCAAAACUGAAGAAAUAUGGUGUCUGUGGACGCAUUCUUGAAUGGUUCAAAGACUACUUAACUGGCAGAACACAAAGAGUUGUCAUUGAUUGCCUCAAGUUGGUCUUCUGUUUCGUCCGGCGUGCCUGAAGGAAGCAUACUCGGCUCUUUGUUGUUCGUCUUAUUUAUAAACGAUUUACCAAACAUCAUUCCCGAAGACUUAGUUGCUGCCUUGUAUGCCGACGACGUGAAGACUUCCUUACUCAACAUCUACAACAAACCUUAACACACCUAACCACAUGGAGCAACACCAAUAACAUCAAAUUCAAUGAAUCUAAAUGCAAAGUGUGAACUGUGUCCCGCCAAAAGAAACCCAUCACCUUGGCUUACCACAUUGGCUCAACCAACCUCCAUCACGUUCAAGAAGAAAACGAUUUUGGGUAAUUAUGACUGGAAAUCUGUUAUGGAAUUCCCAUGUUAACAGCAUAACAUCAAAAGCCAACAAAAUGUUGCGAUUACUUCGAAGAACAUGCCCCGUCUUAACCAAUGUCAGAAUUCGUCGCACCCUGUAUUUGUCCUUCGUUAAAUCCCAGCUAUGUUAUGCCAGCGAGGUUUCACACAUCCAUGCCCAAAAGAUCAAGCUGGAACAGGUACAGAGGCGAGCGACCAGACGGACGUUGAGACAACGUUAAGGUGAUUUCAGCUCCAGUGAACGAUUGACAAAAUUGAAAUUAUUGCCGUUGUGUUAUGAUCAAGAGAUGAGAGAUCUGAUUUUUUUCUAUAAAGCCCUUUGUGGUAUAACCGACCUUGAUGUCCACAACUAUGUUAAAAAUAAUUGUUCCCCACAACCGAACCCGUUACAGCAACAAUCCGAACCUCAUACUCACGACUCCCGAAGACGAAAUUAAUAUGUUCUGUUUUUUAUGUUAAUUUGUUAUGUACCUGGUCAAUGUCACAUUAAUGUCCUUGUCAUCGAAUUUGACUGCCUUAUGUUUUUUAUAUUGUAAUUUAUUUUUUUGUAUUUUGCUAUAAACUUCUUUUGUUACUUGUAAGAAUUAUUGACAUUGUUACUUGUAAGAAUUAUUGACACCUCGCAUGGGUAGUUUUUAAUAAACAUCUCGUUCACACCUCCACCAUUUGGGAUGAAUUUGUUUGUUGUUGUUUUUUCAAACUAACAUUAUUUAUUAUUAUUGUUGUUGUAAUUGAUGUUGUUAUACUUGUUAUAAAAAAAUAAUAUUGGAGCAAGUGAUUUAUUAAUAUGUCUAUUUCAUGGAUACCGAAAACUACUCUUACUAAUCUACAAUCACUGCUGAAAACAACGCCAAAACUCUCACUCUUAUCAAACCACAUUAUAUGAAAAAGAAAUUUCCAAUCUGAAAGCUUCCUUUGCCAAACAUGCGUAUAGACCCAUUGCACAUGACGUCACAGCGCCAGUAACGAUGCAUCUGAAGGACAAAUCAGCAAUCUAUUCAUAAUAUAACUUUUGUAAACAAAGCAAAUUUUGUAAAAGUUUAUAAUAAUUUUGUAUUAAAAUGCUUCAUUUUUUCGCUGUAUGUGGUUGUUGUACCCGAACAGAUAUUGUUAGGUAGCAUCUGGAGUACACUCGAAGGAUUUGUUACGUCAGUGCAAUGGGUCUAUAGUGUAAUAAGUAUGCAGGAUCAAAGUGUUUAAGAUUUGAAUAAAUUCUUGUGUAGGUAAAAGUCACAGCGUUAUCACAUUGUCAGGUUGUUGCUGUAGACUGCAGAGGUCAUGGUAGGUAUCGAGUUAUGUAUUGCAGAAGGUAACCUUCCUUAUAAAUGACAUAAAAUCACACUAUUAACGACGCCAUAAUGAAACACAAUAGUGCAAGGGGUUCAAACACAAUGGAAUUCCCUGUAGGUAAAUUUGCAGGGGGUGCAAACGCAAUGGUGAAAACAAUAGAUUCAAGAUGGCGGGAAAUACCUUCAGUUGGAAGUGAUAUUAUAUAAGAACCCAUAAAAUUGGAUGGUUUGACGUACACUAUAUAACGUAUUUACAGGAGACUCAAGAACGUCAGAUGACUUGGACUUAUCUAUUGAAACACUGACAGAGUAAGCUUUUGAUGUUUUCAUUUUAGACCUGUCCUGGGUAACGAUGUUUCAUUUUGAUGAUUAGGGACCGGUCAUAAAGUAACUGCUAGGGUGGGCUGGGGUGAUUUGGGAUGGGCCAUGGAAAAUCUUUGGGCAGUUUCGAUGGACCGCCAAUUUUUUUGUACGUCCACGGUUGGGCCACCAAACAAAAAGCCAUGCAUGUCUACUUCAAAAAAUAAAGAUAUUAAUAAUAAAAGUAAACAAAACUAUCCAAAUUAUCAAAUGCAAAUGAUGCUAUUGAAGCCAGUACUUUGUUUAUACAACAACAAGGAGUGGUCGAAUCACAGCAAAUACAACCAUGCAACUGGAGAGCAGCUCAGUAUCAAUGUGUUUGUCAAGCUUGGUGGAAUUAUGUAUGUCAAACAGUGCCGUGUAUAUUUGCAAUGUUCAUACCUGCAAGUUUUUUUUAUUAUAAAAGUGUAUUUUCCCAAUUUAGCCUGGGUGGGUCAUGAAAAUUUUUUUGUAAGAUUAGAUGGGCUUUGAAAUUUUUAUCUACUUCCUAAGAUGGGUCACCGAACUUAUUGGCAAAAUUUGUGAUUUACCUCCAGCCCACCCUAGCAAUUACUUUAUGACCAGUCCCUUAUAUGGGUAGUGCAUGGGGGAAUUCAAGUUAUCGGAGAGAGUAGACACGGAUUUUUCCAUGGGUGCAGCCUAUCACCACCACCCUACAUUAUUUCACAAAUCACUAAAAUUUCAAUAUUGAUUGACGCCACUAACAUAUAUUAAUUUACCGAAAAAUUAAUUGUAGGUCGUUGAUCUUACAACGAAACUCACUAGUAGUUGAUUGCUUACGUGAUAUGCAUCCCCAAGAAAACUAUUUAAGCCAAAUGUUUGUAUCAUGUCAAGCCAACGUUAAUUCAAAAUAAAAGUUUUAUAAGAACAAAAGUUUUACUCACAAAAUCGUUAUUCUAGCAGCUCACAAUAUCUGAAAAUUGAGAUGGAUAUGGAUUCAACUGCCAGAACAAUACAAGUAAAACAUUUUGAGCGAAGUCACUUCGCCUCACAAAGUCACGCCGUUUUCUACUUCCCUCAUCCGUUACCAUAUCAAGCUAAUUUCCUAAGUUGGGAUGUGGUAGGCCUGCCCGUUUGGCUCAAUGUUUUACACCCAGGGCCGACGAGAGGGCCUGGGGCGAAUCGUUCCCAGGGGGCCCAAUGACAUCAUAAAAUCUUCCAAGGGGUUCCUAUGACGUCACAAUUGUUAAACUGGAGAAGCGGUGUUUUACAAUAUAUUACGCUUUAUUGCAUAUCAUUCGGCACUGAGGAUUUAUAUUUUUCGUUUAAAGGGCUUUCGUCGAUUCUCAGGCAGGGGCAAAUGCCCCCCCUCCCCCCACUCUCGGCGGCCACAUUUACACAAAAUGUAUUUGAUACCAUGAAGCUUCGAAUGUAAGCACCCCAAAUAUAAGCCCAACCCAGUAAAACCCACGUAAUGCUCAGAAAUUCCAUAUACAGUGUAUAGCCUUCCCCCGGCUUUUAUUCGGAGUUUCACUGUUGUCAAGUUAUGUUUCUUGUUGCAGCGAUGUGCGUUGUGUAGUUGAAGCAUUAUACCCGCGAGAUCCUCCACCAAUUAUUUUAAUUGGUCACAGGUACUGAAGAACUUCUUUUGUUCAUCUUCGGGUAAAAUAUCUACAAAGGAUUUAUCUUGUCACUUAGAUGAGAAAUUGCAUACUGUAUAUAUGUUUUUAGACUGUAAGAUGACAAACCAGGGCAAUAAGGUUCAUUUUACGUUUUAUUCUCUUUCACAGUAUGGGUGGUGCGGUUGCUGUUCACUUGUCUGCCCAGCGUUUACUUCCUUGUCUUGUUGGGGUUGUUGUUGUUGAUGUUGUAGAAGGUAUACAAGGCUUAUUUCAUCGCCGCAUAUCAAAACAAGACGUAAAACAGAAUUUCCGUGGAACGAAGUACGUACAGUCAGGGUCUUAGCUAGAGGGCCGUGUUAUGGCGGCCAAAAGUGGAAAAACACGGCUAGAUAAAAUGAACGCGGCUUCACUAUUUCUAUAAGGCCGUGUAGGUUUAUAAAAUAUGGUGUUGCUACAGUACUUACAACAGACAGAAUUUCUUCCAAUUUACGUUGUAAGAAAGUUUGUAAAAUCUACUGUUGUUGUUGAAAUUGGCAAAAGUAUACUAGUGAUCUGUGAUGUUUUAAUGUUUUGAUGGAUAAUGGGAACCGUAUGGUGUUAAAGUGGUUUUAAAUACCCCCAAGAGUUGCUGAAAUAACUUUUAAAUAUUCUAAUGUCAGUGCGCAAUAUGAGCGUUUGCUCGCCUUGUAUUUGGUUGCAAAGCAUAGAACAAGUGAACAACCACAGGCAUUGUUGUUGGCGAGUAUAACUAUAGAACCGUGAAUUUGGCUAUUCAAAGUAAUUGAGAUGUGCACACCCUGGUCAUUAGAAACACGCCCAAGAUCUAAAAUCCUAGCUAAGACCCUGCGUACAGUUAGUACUGUACGUGAGCUACGAGAUGCCUGCGAAGGAGGCUAAGUUAGUACAGUAAUUUCAUUCUUCUAAACAAUUCUGUACUCGACUGGAUCCAAUGCAAAACAAUGUUGCAAUUACAUGUACCUGCCAAGCCACCCUUUCCAGAUCUGUUUCUUGCUAGGUUAAAGUAUUGCGCGCUGGAUGUGCCUGUCGUAAGGAGAUUUUAACUAGACAGUAAACUACUUCAAUCAGUUGUAAAGCUUUUAGUAUUUUUAUUAAAAAUGUGCUGUAAUAGGCUUCCUUAAACUUAAGGAAAAACUAAUUUUUAAAUUCGUCUGCUGCAUAUUAAAAAUGACGAUACGGUGCUGGUAAUUGUAAAAGAUGCCAUGACCUUCGGUUAAGUAUAGUGUAUAUUUAUCAAUUGGACCUUAGGUUGUAUUGUAAUGACGAAAAAUUAAUCGUGCACGUCAAUGGGUAAACUUUUGCACUUUAUAGGGACAGCUCUUGAAGGUUUGUCAGUUAUGCAAAGUUUUCUCAAAGGUCGACCGAAGAGUUUUCGUUCCAUGGAGAAAGCUAUUGAAUGGAGGUAGAAACACUGACCAUUUCUUCCUGUUUUUGUACAGUAUGAAAGAUUUUAAGCGAACUAACUGAUUUUGUUAAAAUAUUGUAAACAUAUUUUUUCUAUUUAGUGUUCGCAGUGGUCAGCUUCGAAAUCUUGAAUCUGCAAAAGUUUCAAUGCCAGGACAACUUGUGAAGUAACUGUCGUUCAGAUAUGGAAUUAGAGAGGUUCACAUUUUGACUACAACUACCGCUACCAUUAACCAUUUAUUGUCAAUCAGAUGCAAUUAAUCGUCCCGAUUAACCAAUCAAAUGCGUAUUGAGCUUGUGAGAGGUUGCGAUAUAGUGGUUAUCAAAUUUGAGCCUCUCUAAUAUCUGUGAGAUUUCUUCAGUCUGCAAUAUAUUUCACAUUCAAUGACGUUCUAUCUAAUAAAACACUCCCCACAUAAUACUUUUAAUACAAACUACCUAUAAGUCCAGAGAUCCUUAUGAGGUUGAUACAAAGCUCGCAAUCUAAGUGCCGUCAUCUGCUGGUUUGUCCACCGUAGAAAAGUAAAACAUUUAGACGCUUGCUUGUCUGUAUAGUCCAAUCAACAUGUUACUGUAGAUAUGUGUAUUUUGGACUGUUGUGUUCAAUGAAAGUCUGCAUUUGUUCGUUGGACAAUGCGAAUCAGAUAUUAGGCCCCAGACAUAAUAGUAUGGUGUAUCGUCCUACACGUUACAGUAUAAGUACCAUGACUGCAUGCAAUAUUAUUGUCGAAAUAAACAGUUUUAUUACUGCAUAUGCUCAUAUAUCUGAGCUUAUACCUGUAGGUUUACUAUUGCAGCUUUAUAAUUUUCAGAAUAACAGUCGAUUCCGAGCAGUCAGAAUCCAGUUCUAAGUUAACCUCACCUGGUUUAUCAGUGAUAUCUGAAGCGUCUGAAGAUUGCACAGAGACUACAGCUAACGAUCAUAGCAGUGAAACUAAUACGGUAGGUACAGUACAUGUGUUGUAAUUAAGUCCAUUUUUUCUUCCAAUUAUUUUCAAGCAAGUCAUUCGUCAAAAACAUUAGUUGAUGGUGCUAUAUAUUGUGCUAGCAUUGUUAAUCUUCCGGCCUUUAGACACUGGUUUUUUAAGUUGUUUGCAUGAUUUAAAUACACUGUUUUUUUAAGUUGUUUGAUUUAAAGGCCAGUCUACCACAGGAGCCCACCCCGGGUCUUAUUAUAACAUCACAUAAUAAAUUAUUACAUAUAUGGAAAUACAUAGUUCAGUGUUGAAGCGCAGGCACAGGCCCUGUAUUUUGCGGGAUGACACGCGUUAGCCCGCGAUCUGCCUGCUCUUAUUACCUCUAUGUAAUCUUAUAAUAAGACCCGGGGUGGGCUCCCUGUGUGUCGAUUAGUCAUGAACGAUUCUUAUUCUGGCGUGUAAUCGAAGAAACACGCGUAAAAAGGUUGCAUUUUAAAAUACUCCAUGAAGGCAUUAUAAACUAAAUGGAGAGGAAUUGUUGCCUCAGCAGUAAGUUUCAUGUGCCAGAAUGACAAUCAUAUACGACUACUAACAGUAAUUGUAUCUGUGGACACACCUUUAGGGGCUAUUUAUUUAUUUAUUAGUUUCGCCAUAUUACAAUACACAGAACUAUAACAAGAACAAGAAUUUUUUUUUCUGUGUUGGUGUAGUGUACUCAGGUGAAUAUGAUAUUUGUGGUGUUACUCUGAGUGUAUAUCCACACCGGGCGAGCUUUGAAAAAUAUGCCCGGCCACGGUGGGAUUCGAACCUACGACCUUUGGAAUACUAGCCUAAUGCUCUUCCAACUGAGCUACGCGGUCAGGAUUUUUCAAAGCUCGCCCGGUGUGGAUAUACACUCAGAGUAACACCACAAAUAUCAUAUUCACCUGAGUACACUACACCAACACAGAAAAAAAAAUUCAUAUUACUAGAAUACAUUGGUAUCGAAGGAACCAGAUUCUGUUCCGAAAUAUCACUUACUCGAACCGUCCUGACCGCGUAGCUCAGUUGGAAGAGCAUUAGGCUAGUAUUCCAAAGGUCGUAGGUUCGAAUCCCACCGUGCCCGGGCAUAUUUUUCAAAGCUCGCCCGGUGUGGAUAUACACUCAGAGUAACACCACAAAUAUCAUAUUCACCUGAGUACACUACACCAACACAGAAAAAAAAAAAUUCAUAUUACUAGAAUACAUUGGUAUCGAAGGAACCAGAUUCUGUUCCGAAAUAUCACUUACUCGAAUCGUCCUGACCGCGUAGCUCAGUUGGAAGAGCAUUAGGCUAGUAUUCCAAAGGUCGUUGGUUCGAAUCCCACCGUGGCCGGGCAUAUUUUUCAAAGCUCGCCCGGUGUGGAUAUACACUCAGAGUAACACCACAAAUAUCAAGAACAAGAAUAAUAUACAUGACUAUAGGCAGGGUGACCGCAACAGCGUGAGCCAAUUACUGCGGGCCCGAAUUAGGACAUACAAACAUAAAAAAAACUAUCUAAAUAAAACUAUAACUAAUAGCAGCACUUAAGAGGCUGAACCAGAGUUCGAGCGGUAUUACACUUGGUACAUAUAGUUUUGAAUGUUCUUGGAUUUUCAGGAUCGUAGGAAAUUUCCAAAGCACGGAAGAAAUUUAUAUGGAACAUCAGGCUCGACUCAAUAAAGCACCCAGGCUAUAAACACAUUUUUCAAGGAACGUGAAGUUAUACUUUCCCGAAUAGGUUUCGCAGUUAUGAUCCCGCACAAAAGCGAUCACGAACUGAAAUAAAAGACAUUUUAAGAUCAAAAUGGGUCGUUUAUCGAAACUUUACAACAUAUUUGCGUAAACAAAACAUUAAUUAAAUUCAACCUGGGUAGGCGAGCCAGCUCGGGGAAAGAAAAUAUCAGCCCAGUGUCUAAGCGAGAUGUCGGUUCAGGCGGGAUAUUGCCUACGCACGCCAGAUUGGUUAAAUUAGAUUUAGUAGGAAAUAACAAAAGCAUGAUGUUGUCAAAACUCGGCCACCUCUGGGUGUCUCGUCCCAUAUAAACAGCUCCUUAGUGUAACUUGCAACAUGAUGAUAAUUAUUAUUUCAUCAUAAUAAAGACACUCAUAAAAAGAGGAUAGACGUUAUGCAAUGCCAUUAGUAUUGUUUCUUUAUUUUUAUUAGGAACAAUGUGAAUAUAGGUGGAGAAUUAAUCUGUCAGAAACAGAAACAUUUUGGCAGGGUAUAUUAUAAUUGUGAAUUUUGGAAAUACAGUCAUAUAUGCAUGGAAACGUCAAUGGUAAAUUAUCUCAUUUUUACGUCAAAUUAUUUUCUUCAAGGCUGGUUUAACGAUAUGUCACGGUUAUUUCUUUCAUGUCCAGUUCCAAAACUACUUCUUGUGGCAGGUAUGAUGGGAAUGUUCGUAGCAAAAAAUAUUAUAUUUUUACUGCAUUUCACCUGAUUUACUGUAGCACUCACUGUUACCGUGAUACGUAAGCUGUGGUUGGUAUAAACUAUCUGCAUGUGAUCGAAACGUUGAAGUGUUUUUAAUCAUCUUCAGGUACAAGCACAAACCACGGUAAUUUAUUGGCAAACUGUGGGAAUACACCAUUUCGACGUACGGAGUUUAAGGUUGAAGUAUCAGAGUCGAGGUUUCUGGCGCUUGGCGUCUUCGCGACUAUCUGAGUUGAAAGAAGUUAUGUCAUUUUUACCAGAAAUCUUCUCAUUCCUUCACAUCCAAAAUUAGCCCAGUCUCCCAAAUACUCUGUAGGUUAAAGGGGUGUAUACGCCAGAAUUUGAAAUAACUUACUGGACAGGUGUGGUCUUUAUUUAGGUCGAGAUCGACUGGAUAAAGAGCUGACUGUUGCCCACAUACAAGGUAUAUUCAACAUAAACCUAAUAUAUUUUUUAAAAUUUUUUUAAAUUAAUAUUUAUUUUCAGGAAGCUUUCUCACAAAGUGAUUUUCAGAAAGGUGCUGAACUAAAUAAACAAAUUUACAAGGAAGACAUGCAUAUACUACAUAACUAUGAAAAAUAUUAAACAAUUAUACGAAGGAAUGUUCAAAGAUUGCUAAAAAAGUUUCUCUUAAAUGUAGAAAUACUACUAGAGAGUUUUAUCUUUCUGUCCAAGUUGUUCCAGUCUGUUAUGGCCUGAUACGCGAGUCUUUGCUUUCCCCAAUUCCUUGACACUUUAGGUGGCCUUAAAUUGUCCUUAUAUCACGUAUUGUAGUUGUAUAUUUCUCUGUUCGCUAGAAGUUCAAAUCCAUGUGAGGUAUGAUGAUUUAGACACUUAAAAACAAAUAAGCAUCUAUGAUACAAUCUACGUUGUUCAAAAGUGGUCCAGCCUAAAGUGUUUAACGCGCCUGUUGCCGAUGAAAAAAUUGUCUAUCUAAAACAAUCUUGGCGGCUUUGUUCUGGGGUAUCUGAAGAUUGUUCAUUAGCACUGUAUUAUUUUUGUCUCCCCAUAUAAUAUCCGCAUAGUUAAAGACUGGGAGUACGAGACUGUUAUAAAAAAGGAUUCGUGCAUUAAAUGGUAGCAGGUGUUUAAUCCUACAGUACGAAGUAGACCUAGGCGGUAAUUGACUUUAGCGGAAAUGCGAUCUAUAUAUAUAUGUAAGAACAUAGUCAGAACCAGGUGAAGUUGGCUGUGAUGGUGACUCCUAAGGACUUGAAAUUGCUGGCGUUGGAGACUUCAGUAUUGUUGACAGGGACAGACAUCGAAGAUAUAUUACAUAACUUCCUAUCACUGCCUAUAAUCAUUGAUCGAGUUUUAUUUAAAUUCAGUGUCAGCUUAUUCUCAUUUAACCAAAUUGACAACUUAAGUAAAUCUUCAUUAAGAUUUCUUUCAAGAUCAUUGGCAUCUGAGGCGUAGCAAUAUAAGACUGUGUCGUCGGCAUACAAGGAAACAUUGCAUUUAUUGGUAAUACUGGGCAGAUCGUUUAUGUACACGAGAAAGAGAAGUGGGCCCAAAAUGCUCCCUUGGGGUACUCCAAAAGUGACAGGAAGAGCGUCCGACAAUUCACUUUCACAAGACGUUUGUUGCAUCCAAUUGCUCAAGCAGGACUCAAUCUAACCUACGGUGCUAGAUGACACAGUGACACACUCAUCGCUUUACGUUUGUGGAGUAAGAUGCUGUGGUCCACUGUAUCGAAUGCCUUCGACAAAUCUAGAAAUCCUCCACAAAGCCUUCCACAUUAGGCAUGACCGAGAUAGGACGAUAGUUUGUAGGAUUGGAACGUUCACCUGAUUUAAAUAGGGCCGUGACCUUUGCGCAUUUCCAAAUCUUUGGGAAAUGGUUACUCUUGAUGGAAAGAUUAAGUAAUCUUGUUACAGACUUGCUGAUUGAACAAGACGCACAUCUUCCAUAGUCUGUCACGAUAUGUUGGUCUGUGGAAAGUAAGCAGACGUCAUUGUGUUAUACUUAUGUUUUCCAGUAGGGAAAGCCGAGAUGAAACGUGCAACGACGAUUCAUAAUAUUUAAUGAAGUUGAGACAAAGGAUUUGUGCAUGGUGAAGUACAGUUCAACAUCAAACAAUGGUUUUCUAUUUUGUAGCUUUGAAGUUUGCCGGGCUUCCAGAUCAUCACAUCUUGACAGAUUAUAUAUCUUCCUUUCUCGGUGGGAACUCUAUUUUUGUUACUGACGUCUUAUUAUCCAGUCAAAGUUGAUGACGAUUGAUUACUCAGUAGAUAUUACCACGCAGAGCACGAACCCUCAUCAGAAUUUAAACCAGCCACGAGAGUAGUCAGACACGACGAGAGUAGGUGGUCAAACGCCAGCAGCAGUUGCAAUCUCUCAUCGAUCGUAUGACCGAGACUUUAUAGUUUUCGGAUGUUGGUCUGUUCAGAUUCCUCUUUGCUCAACUUAGGAAUGUUCCAGCUUAUCAUUUAUUAUUAACUUCCUUGAAAUUGUAAAUAUUCUUCCCUGUGCGUGGAGACUAGUGUAGGUAGCGAAGAUACUGUACCAGACUGUGGUCUUUGUAGGUGAUACAACCAUCUGAAAAUACAAAAAGAACUUUAAUUAAUAAUAUCAAUCUUUAUUGAGGAAUGCCUGAAUCACAAUCACGGUGUUUUUCACCAGGCUCGUAAAACGUCGACGUUUCGAGCGAUGACCCUUUGUCUGGCAUUUAGUGGAUGCUCUACUUAAGAAAGCUAGGAAUUUAUUAUUUUAUUAUUAUUAUUAAACUGGUUUAAAAUAUCGCAUACAAUAACACAAAGCUAAAUUACUGUGCAAUUUACAAAGAUUAGUUACUAGAUAAAACAUCAUCCAUUGUUACUAGAGUUGAAAGUGUCUACAGCAUACGGUAUUGGACUGAAUUUAAAUCUUUUUGUUCUACUAUUAAAAUUAUAAAAAAGAUCUUUAUUAGAUCUGGUAUUUCCUGUUAUUAUCUGACACUUCCUUGAUGGGAGUGGUGAAGUUUGUGCUCUUCUUCUGAUAAAUCACUAACCAAGUUUAUACAAUGAUCUCUCCUUCGUUCUUCCAAUCUGGUAAUUUCAUUUGAUAAAAGUGCAUUCUCAUACUUCUCUCUUGGACAGAUGAUCUGUAACGCUCGCUUUUGGACUCUUUCAUGUAUUGAUUCGUUGCUUUGCUGUCAAUCCCCAAGCCCACAGGACAUCGGAAUACUCAAGAACAGGUCUAAUUACUGUUUUAUAGAACUUAAAAUAUUCCAGAUUCACCGCAGCUAUACUUACAUCGCGACUAUUUGAUCUAUAUAAGUUGAUUGAUUGAAUAAGAUGUUGAUUAAAUAUUCUUUGCUCAAUUUCCAGGAAAGUUCCAACUUCAUAUAUUACCAAAAUGCGGCCACGCCGUACAUGAAGAUGACCCUGACAAGGUUUGUUGUUGAAUUUCCACAACUAUGUUGGUGUUUAAGUAGCCUACAUCGAGUGUGCUAUAGGAUUCAAGUAUAUAGACAGCACUAUACUCAAGAACUUGGUUGACGGAUGUAAGUGCCUGAUAAAUAUAGAACGGAUCGUGAGACUUACAUCUUUAAUCACUCUUUAUUUUAAUCGCUCUUUAUAUAUUUUACUCACUAUGCAUUUUACUCGUCUCGCAUAUGAAUAAAAAAGUGCAUAUAGGCAAAGAUAACUGAGAAGAUCUUCACGGUUAUAAUAAAUCUUUAAAAAAAAAAGUUUAAUUUGCCAAUACCUAAUAAAUACAAUUUAUAAACUUCCAGCUUACAGUACGAGUACUUCUUGUUCCAUAGGUUGCGGAAAUGUUAGCUACGUUUAUGACAAGACACAAGUUUGCUGAACCCAAGCAGUCGUGCCAAAGGUAUGUACCCUCUACUCUCAUAAUUGAGUUUUGUGGAGGGUCCGAAAUUGAAGGUCUUUCAAAAAUGAAAGUUUUAAAAAUUAAAGGAGAUAUGCAUGAUGUACGUAGUAAUUCUUGUUUCCGGGAAUAUUUGUCAGAUAACUGAUGUGUUUAAGUUUCAAACUGCUUUGCUAGUUUCAUACAAAAUGACCUGAUUCACGUUGCCUCUAUUAUAAGUUUCUCCAUAUUCUCAAAAUAUGUGAAUCAAAAUAUGGUUGAUUUAGUGAUUAACUUCUAAGUUGUAAGGAGGUUUUAUCAAGCCUGAUAUCGCUCUAAUAAGUAAAUUAACAUAACUUUGAGCCAAAAAAGGUUAAUGGAUUUCAAUUUCCAGCAACAGUAGUGUCCGCACUGCUCCAUUUUCUUAGAAGUCUCCUGUGUAGGUUUAUAUGGUAUUUAUUGAAAAUAAUGGAAAGUUCAUUUUUUUCUUGUAGCUAUAUACCAUGUUGCUAAAAUGCAUUGGGCAUGUCAUUGUCAGUAUAUUCAGCAGGUAUUGUGCUCCUUGGAUCAUCUAUGUUUCCAAAGGUAUUCGAGGUUGUAAGAAAGAAAAGUCAAUGGAGUCUGACUGUUUUAACAUCAAGAGUAAUUUUCUUAUCCAAUUAGCCUUUCUCACGGACAAUUUUCCUGCCAUUUCUGGGGAACUGCUUCUCCCACGUUUGAGUGUCUCCGAGGAGACUGUACCACAAAAAUGGUUGAUUUUUGGCCUUCGUGAGAAAGGUUAAUUCGAAAAAAUCACAAAUGUAAUCUGUUCCGGCAGUUUGUCCUCAUGCCUAGUGUAAUAUAUCGUGCAUGAUGAAUACAAAUAAAGAACUCUCUUUAACCAUAGUCAAUAGAAUAAGAUUGUUAGGAAACUCUCGUUUCCAUUGUGUAUAAUACCACGACCAUAGAGAUCAUAAAUAACACUAGAGGGGGGCAUCGUAAUCAUAAUUUAGUCAAAGAAAGGGAACGCGGCUAUUGGGGAGGGGGGGGGGCAAAAAAUUAAAAUGCUAAAAUAAGAGCGAGUUUGAGCCAAAAUAUCUAAAUUCUUGUUUAUGGCAGUUGGGUAAUCCCGUUUUGAUUUUUACCAAGCAUUUUUAUCUCAAUUUUGUCUAUAACACAUUUUUGAGAACGCUCCAAAAUAAUGCUGAUGUUAGCAAUUUUGAUCUUUUCAAAAGGAAUUAACCGUUUGAAUUCAAACUUUUGGGGUAAUGUUUGUAGUAAUGACAUGCAAAACAUAUAAAACACCCAGUUUUGUGACUCUUGUUGUUUUAAAUUUUGCAGGUUUCAAGUGUAACCCAAGAAUUGUGUGGUGUUCAUCCGGGAUUUCAAUUUGCCCUCCCAUUACCGCGCUCCCAAAUUUCACUCUCGAUGUCCCCUCUAGUGUUAUUUAUAAUCUCUAUGAUCACGACUGGGUAAUUAAACCAAGUUGAACACACUGCUAUUGGUUGGUUGGGCGAAGAAACAGUACACACGUGUUGAUGAACCGACCAUUUUUUUUUUGCAUAAACCAAGACAAAAACAUACUAGAUAAUGAGGUCUAUAUGUUAUGUCUGCAUCGACUUUCCUAACCUUCUAUUGACUAUAUAUAUGGUUUAAUUUAACCAACGCUGGCCCAUGAUCUCCAUCAGAGUUCGUCGUUGGUUUUAAAAGUGUUUAAGGUUAUCAAGUAUUAUUACGGGAACCACUGAGCAUUUUUACAAACUACAAAACAAUGGUAACUCGUACCCAGGGUUCUCUCCCGCGGUCAGCACAAAGAGAACCCUGGGUACGAGGUUGCGGUAACUCCGGAAAGGAAAUUGUAAUAGCUAUAGUUCUAUAUUAAAAAUGUUCUUUUUUCGGAGUUACCGUUGUUUUGUAUUUUGUUAAGUAUAUUAGUUUGACACCCAGUGAACUGAAAGCUCAUCUUGGGACUUGAGAUUUAGAAACUGUUUUGUAAAAACGGUGCUUUACCAUGUAUAUAUUAAAUUUUAUAAACAAAGUGCAAUUCUUGUAAACAACAUAAUCCGUAAUAAUAUCUUAGCAUGAUGAAUGAACUUUAUAUUUCAUUUUACACAUACUACAAAAUUGCUUACACAUCUUACACCGUGUUUUUCAAUACCAUCGAAAUUGAACUAUCACUGAUUAUCAAAUGUAUGUAUGGCAUAUAUAUACAUUAUAAGAAUAUGUAAUAUGUUUGCAACUUGCAUAUAUAAGCAGUAAAAACUAGUAUUUACAAAAUAUCAACUGACUCAAACCGUUAUAUAUUUAAUAUUAUUUAAUAACACAAAGAUUUCACGCAAUUUCAUUGGUCGAGAGCCAUGAUCUAUUAGAGGACAGACGCACGGUGUUGGCAUAACUAGCGAGCCAAUCAAACUCGCUGCAAUAAUCCACCCUACCAAUCAACUGUAUAGAUCAUAGUCACGUCAGAUGGCGUGCAUGUUUUGUUGUUUUCAAUGCCCCGAAAUUUGGCGGGAAUUUGACAGAAGCUUUUUACUUCAAUUUUCGCGCUAAACAAGGUUGAUUUUCUGUAUUUUAUUGUAUAAAACAAAUAGAUAACAUUUUGCGGCUGUCUGUUCAGUUAUAGAUGCACAGAUGACGUCAUAACGUGGUAAGAACAUCAGUGACCCACUCACCCCGGCGGCUCGUGGCCCCUUUUUUGUUCUUGCCACGUUAUGACGUCAUCUGUGUAUCUAUAAGUAGACAGACAAC